AUUUACCUACAACUACCACGAAUCUGUCAAACAACCACGGCCAUGUCCAAGACAAACUAUCUAUUCCUCGGGAACCCUGGCACGGGCAAAAGCACCCUCAUCAAUUGCCUGGUUGGCGAGGUAGUCUUCCAAUCCGGUAUCUCUUACGGCGGUGGUCUCACCAGCUUUUUCCAGAAGCACGAAUUCAAUGGGAAUAUGUACAUGGACACUCCCGGUCUUGCAGAUCGCAAACUGAUGGAGAGUGCCGCCGCUGCCAUCACUGAGGCACUUCGACAGUCGGGAGAGUACAAACUCUUCUUCAUGGUACGCCUCGAGAAUGGUCGUGUGGUAGCCGACGAUCUGUCCACCAUUGAAACAGUUGUUUCGAGUAUCGACAUGAAGGACAUUCCGUUUAGCGUCAUUAUCAAUAAUGUCAAGAAGCGGCAAUUCAAGGCCAUGAUGGAGAAGGGUGACGCGUUCUGGGAGGUUGUGACUUUGAUAAACGCUGGUAAGUUCGAGACGCCGGAACUUUUGUUCAUUCAGACGCAAGAUGAUCUCGAUGAACAGGACGACGCAAUUACGACGCUUCCAGGUUACGUGACGAAGUUCAUCCAGGACGAGGCGCCGACUGUAGUUAUUAACCCCGAAGACGUAAGCGAUAUCAGUCCGCAGGAUUUCAUACGGCAGCUCGUGGCAAUUCGUGCCGAGUUGCAGCAGCUACAGGAGGACAACAACGCUCUUCGCCGACGACUGGAAGAGUUGCAAGGGAAGCCGGGGUUCUUCCGCGAUGUUGGCAAAGGCAUCGAUAAAGCGAUCGCUUCGACCGGUAGUUUUUUCUCCAAGCCGUUUCGGGGACUUCGUUGCAGCAACGAAGACAGAGGUUAA